AGUUGAGCUUGCUGCGAAUAUACACCGUAUGCUGCGUGCGGACGUAUCCACGCUUUCCAUCGCUCAGUCCGUUCGUAUGUUCCAGCACAACCUGCUUCAGACGUUCGUUCAGUGCGAAAUGCAGAUUUUGCAAAAACAUCAUAACAGCGUAGUACAGCGAUACGGAGCAGAUAACGUUCACCUUCGGAUAGUAAAAGAUGCACAGCGAAAAAACCUCAUUGCUAAUGUCUUUCUCGCCCAGCUCGAUCACCUGCAGUAUCGCCAACACGAAAGAGCUCGUCACGAUCAACUGACUGAUGGUGAUUUUUCGCAGAAUGCGCCAUUUCAACCACCUAGUGCUUAGCUCUGUUGCACUGAACAGUUCCUGCUUCAGCUGAAACAACUCUCGAAUAAGCUGGGCAAUUUCGUAACGCUUCUGGUAACGCCGUAGAACGGCCGACAGGAACGUGUGCAGCACCACUUGACCCUGCACUGCACUGAUUGCCUUGUUGACGUAGGUUUCCCUAAAUCCAUUCCGAUAGUGUGUGUCACUCAUCAGAAACUGCGUGCUUUGGUACGUAGCCGUACAACCGAGCGCCAGCACGAUACUAUAAAUCACCAGAAACGUUGAUACACGUAACUCUUUACGCUUCGGGUCAUAGGUGAUGGUUAGGUAGCCGAAUGCGGUUGCAAGCACCGUGCUUAACAUUAACAAACCGUUCACCACUUUAUCGUUCAUCAUGAUUGGAAAAUGAGUGUUAAUUUCCUCUCACUGAUUGUGAACCAACAUUUUGCGGGAAGUCCUUAUAUACUUGCGGAUUUACUCAAGGAAAAAGAUAACACUUUAACUUGAUUAAUCAAAUUAUUAUCAAAAUAGAUGACGCCUGUCCCGUUCUAUCGAGAGUGAUAAAAAAGAAUGUAAUCAAAACGAUCAACGAUAAGUGCUGAGAGAGAUUACAUUGGAUUGUAAUGGACGAACAACAAUCUUGACCGAUAAUGUAUAUCUAUUAUCAAUUAUGCAAAAACUAUCAUUAUCCACUCUUACUUCUGGUGUUUAUUUUUGGGUUUACCUCAUCCUUCAGCUGACCGUAAUUAUAUUAAUCAAGUUCAAUAAAUCAACUAACUCUCAAAUAAAUUCUGUCGCAUUAUGUUGUAAAGCUAACCAAAGGUAAAUUACGACAGGUUCGUCAAACGGAUCGUUCUUAAUUGUCGAAUACUUUGCACCGAGCAGAACAAAAAAGUACACGCUCAGUACCUCGAUCGUUGCCUAUAAAAGUUUAACACAAUCGAUUUCAAAAAGAGUAAUUUGGUGAAAACUUGAAGGGUGCAUCAUCACUAACCAACUGUACCACAUCUACUGAUAGUAGCAAAGUUCCAAGGAAAGGAAAUGGCCUCGAAACGUGUGAGCCAUUUCGUGACACACCAAAUGAUUAAGUGCAACAUGCUGCAAAACGAUUGUUUAUUUAUUGUUGUGCCAUUACGGGUUUGUGUUGCUAUUAAGUAAAAAUCUACUUACGAACAUCCCAGUUCUUUUUGCGACUUACCUCUCGCUGAAUCAAACCGCACAUGCCAACGAUUUGUAUUACAUACAUAAGGUCGAAAUUAGUCCAUAUAAAAUCGAGUCCACCCAGAAAGAGUAAAUGUGGUGCAUAGUUAUGCCAUCCAACCAGUAUUUUGUAACACACUACAUAGUAAAUGGAUAUGGCAUGAAUGAAAGCCCAAGAAAGGUAGGCUAGCAAAGGUACACCGAACAGCACGUUCAUGCUUGCAGAUGCUUUCCACAGAAGUUCGUAAAGCUCCAUGUACCCAUGCUUUCCCAGGUGCAAUUGUCUGGCAAGUUCUUGUUGUACUGGGCCUGUACAACUCUCCGGGAUUGAUAGAAUAGUUUGAAACUUUACUACAAACAUCAUCACAUAUUGUACAGCACCAUACAUGAUCAACAGGACGGUCGAUUUGGUUAGUAAGCCAAGUAUUGUCCAUGGCAGCAUAUUUAGGUAAUUUGGAUCAAUCGCACUUCUAGGGCAGAUAAUAUUGCAAAGGAUAAUAACACCGUACACACACUCAUACGUCAAAUUGAAUAGAACGCACUUCCGGAACCACAAGUUAAGCGGAAACUCAUCCACGAGCAAAAGACUGCGGUAAAGUUUCUUCAUUAUCUCGUACAAGUGUUUCAUCUCAGUUCGUCGGAAGAGAAGAUAGCAUGGUGGUACGAUGAAAAGUAAGACAUCCCCGAGAGCCAUAAAUACAGCGUACGAAAAUGUCACCGUGAUACCCUUAUAAGCUUUCAAGAAAACAGUCACAUAAAUCCCGAAUCGAACCAACGGGCCGGCAAUUGCCACGAGAAAGCAAUAACACAGCAGUACACUAUUGUUUUCUAGUAUAAGGGAUGAUCGGUUAAACCGGAAAGGAAUUACACCCGUAAGGACUGUUUUUACGUAAAACAAGCUGGACAGAAAUUUAUAACGUGUCAUUUUCUUUAAAAACAAUUUGUGUUUUUUAUCUAGGAAAGAAGGAACGUUAUGCUAUAAUGAAGCGAAAGUAACAAAUAACCUUUCUGGUGAUGAACAAUGGAAAUGUUUGCUGCAAAUGAAACAUUAUGGUUUAUAAAUGUUGUGCCAGAAUAGUAUUUAAUUAAUGGUUCAUAUGCUCAUGACAUUAAUUAUUUGUUUCAUAAUUAAAUUAGAUAGAGUAACGAGAUAUGUCAUUGUUUCAUUUUGCCAAUUACUGUGUCACCAAGAAAAAAAUCAAUAGCAUUCUACCAACUGUUUUAAUCAUAUUUAGCGUUGAAAAAUUUACAGCAAAUUUAAUUAACAAACAGUUCGUAAAGUCUGCCUUAUUGAACCCUUAAUUUGGUGUCACACAAACGGUUCUGCGUCUGCAUCCAUUCGACCCGCAUCCAUUCGUCUGACCGUGACAUGGGUUUAACAUGAAAGACCAGGCGUCUCCAUGAAAGUCUGCUAAUUUUACGUCCUGAUAAUUAAAACAUAGCGCAACAUAGUUCUCAACUUAAUAAUCAUUUUUUUCCUCGAUCGUGUAAAAAAAGAAUUACUUUUUUGUUUGUUUUUUGUUUGCAAAUUUCAUCCACACCACAUUCUAAUUGUGGCCCACUUUCAGUAAUUUGGGACGAGCAGUAAACAUUGUAACGGUACAAAUACUGUGCCGGCUAAAGAGAUAUGAAAAUCUCAAUUAAACCCCACUCCGCACAGAUCGAUUUCAAUUAUCCGCACUAAUGAAGCCAACCAAGUUUUGCAUUAGUGAACUGCCGAGCGUGUUAGCCCGUUUUGGGAGUGGGAAGUCAGGAGUAAUAAUAAUAAUAACAAGCCAACAUAAGCUCCGGCGAUCUAUGUGCUAUGGCUGUGUAUGUGGUGUGUAUGUGUAGGUUUAAAAUUUUUAUAAGUGCAUUCAUGAAGGCUCAAUCGUGUACUUUUUAUGAAGGAUAAAAAGGGCCUGCAGUAAAAAUAUUCUAUUAAACUGGAAGCACAGAAGGUUCGGUAAUAAAUAUCCGAUUUUAGUACAUUAGAUUAGAUGGGGUGUUCUAUAGUUCUAUUGUCCUUUUCAACCUCCUUUUUCGUUUUCGUUCUCACAAAGAAAUUUUGUUUAAAAUCCUUAGUGUGGAACGUAAUAUAUGUAUUUGAUUAAGAGGAAACUUAUCCAUACUUCAAAGCCUCACCUUAAACUGGGUAAGAAACUGCAAUUGCUGUAUCAAUUCUCCAUUCAAAACAAUAAAGUAUCUAUAGUUAUUUGCAAAAAAAACGAAUUUAAAGUCCAUAUUUUCAUUCGUAAAACUUUUCAUACGCUACCGUACAGUAUCUAUUGUAUUCAUAUCCAGAGCAGUUUUGUCUAAGCAUUCCCAAAAAAAACAUGAGCUUGUGUGUGAAAUUUACAUUUGCAAACACAAGCUGACAUCACGCAAUGAUGGCCAAAUUUCGUACGCGUCCAAACAAAGUUACCGCCACAUGGUACGUCGCGACUGGUGUGGCUAAAAAGAGAAAACAAUACUAAACAGGAUAUCCACGCACACUACUCUCCGGUUGGGCUGAUGGUGAAAUAAUCGUCAGCACACACACUUACAGUGCUUAUAUUGGUGUUGGUGACGCACUUCAAAAAAGCACGAUGCGCAGUAUGCGACGAGAUAUGGUGAACGAAGAAAUUUGAAGGAGACGCCUGGUGGUUUUUAAAAUAAAAUUUUAAAUUCAUUUUUCAAACAAGGAAAAUAAUAUGUAUUUUUAAGUCAUACUUGCAGUUUAUAUGAAAAUAAAUACAUAUUUUCAAACAAACAUUUUCUAUAUUUUCCAGAGUAAAACUUAAUCAGUCCUUUCGGUACCACCCAUUAUGCCUUUAUGCCGAAGCAAACACGAAACCAACCCGAAUGUCCACACAUAUACAGACACAUACCGAUUAAUGUUAGGUUUACGCAAGCAGAGAAACAACAUGCUGCUAACCACAUCAGUUAACAUCCGUUCUUGUGUCGGUUCGGUUCGGUAGCAAAAAGACGUGGAAAAACCUACAUUUCCACUCCGGAAUCGUUCCAGUGUGGUUUUGCGAAAAUUCGCGGUGUUUCUGCGCGCCAAAAACCUGUACACACACACACAUACACGCCUACAUGCACGUAAAAUCCGUUGUUUGUGGUUGGUUUGUGUCAUAAUUCGGUCCCUUUCCCUGCGGGGGAAACGGGCCGCAUUUCCGUUUUGCCUCGUGGUGAAUCGUUAAUUGGCGCUUAAUUGUCAGCGUCAUCACUUCGCAAAGGUGAAACGAGCCUUACGAGGUAGGCAAGGGCAGGUGCGGUACAGUGCGUUUCUGUGUGCGGAGUGCCGGGAAGAUAUAGAGGAAGCAAAAAAAAACAUCAUCCCCAGCGGAUAUUCCGGCGCCUGCCAGCGAUAAUCCACGGGUGUCUGUGGUGAACCAGCGCUGGUUGGUAGCGCAGGUGUUUGUUCAGUGUUUAGAAGAGUUUUUGGAUUUUAUCACCGUGCAGCAUCGCUCAUCAUCGCUACGUCAACCAGAAAGCGCAUUAUUUAAAAAAAUCAAUCUGUCGUCAGGGAGAGACGUCCUCGUAACAAACGCUCGAUCCUACGGUCACCAUCCUGCCGGUCACACACCAUGGAUUACAUCAAAGAGCUCGAUAUUCGACUCGACAAGGAGCACUACUACGCCGGUGAAGUGCUCUCGGGGCGAGUCAUAAUGCACACUACGGAAAAUUUCAAGCUCAAGUCCAUCCGGUUACUGCUUAGGGGCAAAGCGCACGUCGAGUGGAAGGUGUUCGUGUCCGGAGACAAAAGAACGGUUAAGGACGAUCAGGUCUACAUCGACGAGCGGGCCGUCAUAUGGGGUGAGCGGGCGGGCGAAGGACUGGACGUGACCGUACCGGUGUUGGUGCGAGGUCAGCAUCAGUUUCCGUUCCGUUUUAACAUCCCCGAAACCAACCUACCCUGCAGCUUCGAGUCACGUGCCUGUUACAUCCGUUACUUCGUUAAGGUUACGAUUGAUAUUCCUUAUGCUUCUCCACCGCAAGGAAUCAAGUACUUCACCAUCAUCGGACCACAUAUAGACUGUAUGGAUGAGCAAUAUCUGAAACCGGUAUCGGGACAGGACAAGAAGGUCAAGUGUUGCCUAUGCUGUGCCAAAGGACCCGUUACGCUCAGCUGUUCCCUCGACCGGACGGCAUUCUGCUGCGGUGAAACACUCAAGCUGAAAUCGAUCAUCGACAAUCAGGGCGAGGAAGCAGUCAAGCUGAAGGUGCGCCUGCUACAGUACUGCGAGUUCUUCGUGGAACGGGGCGUGCUGGGGGUGACGAAGGAAGUCCAACACCUGGUUCUCGAGUACAAGGGUGAAACAGUGGUACCGAACGAGCGGCAGGAUACCUGUGCCAACCUGCGCAUCCCGACCGUACCGACCACCAUGAUGGGCGUCUGCCGGCUGGCACAGAUCUAUUACACGCUCGUGGCCUGCCUGGAAUUCGAUAAAUCGGGUGACGACUUGCAAAUUAACUUCCCCAUCACGAUCGGUACGGUACCGUUUCGAAUACCAAACAGCAAUCUUCAACCGCACAUAGGAUACGAUGUUGCUAUCGAUCACGUCGAGGGUGGCACCUACAUCGGGCCGGAGUUCCUGCUGGGCGAAGUGUACGACGGGUGUAACGUGAGCGACAACGAGCACCGUGACCUGGCGCCACUCUACCGGCCGGUCUAUCUAACGGUCGUCCGCAGCUCGCAGCAAAUAUCGGCCAAAGCGGCCGAGCGCAACAACCGUCGACAAUCAGCUUCUGCCGUCCUGAGCGGUGGCCCUACGCCGUCCUCAUCGAUAGAUGGCGGUGGGGGGGCAUGUAGCAGUGGCACGAAUGGUGGUGCUGGCAAAUGUACAGCGGAAGGAAAAAAUGAUCUCCAGCGGCACCGGAAGUAGAUCGGGAUACUACUUUUAUGCACACUAGCCAGUUUUACAACCACACCCAUACCUUAACGAAGCGUCAUGGGCACGAUUCCUUCCACACGAAGGAAGGUCGUUUCUCGGUUUCGGUCCAAUGUGAAAGCUAACGUCAACAAACCAAUCCGCUUCGUAUACAACUUCCCCCUCUUCCUCCCGCCAGAAAUGGGACAACUGGAAUGUUUGAAGGACAAUUUCCAUCCCAAAACCAUUCUCCAACAUUUCCCUUAACCUUUUUCAACCAACAAACCAGAAACGCCGUACAGGCCUUGAAGAAAAGGACGACAAAAAGGACAAAAACAAAAAUUAAGGACAACAACGAACCGGACCUAGAACCGAAAAGUUGGUUAUUGAAAAAAAAGGUAAGCUAGUGUUUUGCAAAGAAAACACACGGCCGGGAAAAGAUUGUCCAUCACAAGAUUCCCUCCGUACGGUUGUUGCGAUGUAAACACCCUUGCAAAGGAGCUCCAAACGAGGAAAGAGGACAUAUACACGUACACAAAAACACACCCACAGGGAGAAUUGGAGUGCAAAACGAUACACACCUUGGUAGGUUCAGUUUGCUCGGGGUGAAAAAAUCAGUCUCCCCGAAAAGCGAGUGCAGAGCUUUAACACACGUAGAUGGUGGAGCAAGAUGGACGCUGGUGAGUUUACCCGUACAGGCCAAACUAAUUAAAAGAACACAUACUCAGAUGCACAAACACACCCCCGACGCGUGCCAAAGAUUUCGGACACUCAACGUACAGGCAGGGUUCUUUUGUUUCAAGUGCAAUAGCAAGGUAAAGAGAUGCUGAGACACGUUCGGUUAUGUUUUUAGGUGUUUGUUAGACGUUUCAACGAAAUUCGUAUCCUUCCUUCUCGUGUCUCGUCGUUAGCCAUCGUUGUGUACUUUCGUGUAGUGUGAUGUUUUUAUGUUUUCCUUUCCACCUGAACGUACUUAAUAGCGAUCGCGUGUAGUAACUGUUUGUAUGUACAACGUAUUUCUGUUCCUUUUUUGUAUAUUCGAGCGACCUGAGACGAUAGGGAGGAAGUUACCUGCAAAGAUGGAAGUUUAAAUAGUAUUUAGACGAUAACUUAAUUCGUGGCGUUUUGUAAUAGAUCUGGCAUAUAUGUGAAUUCCUGAAGAAAACCGUUCAUAAAAAGCACCUUCGGAGAUAUCAUCACUUAAAUAGGCUCUUUCGCCCUUUGGGAAAUUAAGUACCCAGCGUGUUUAUUUCGACGUUCGUUUCAAACUCGCCUUAUUAUUCCAGAAAAAAUGCCACGAAUUGUGUUGCACGUCCAAAUAUUUAAAUGUGGUUUAUUUUACGUGGUUUCAGUGGAUCAUUGUUGUACACUUAGAGCAAGCGAAAACAAAGCGCGUUAAGGUUGGAUGCAUUUUUAACCUUUUUGUAAAAACGAGUACAUCCAUUUUUCGAAACGAAUUACACUCACAAGUUACUGGUUAAAGGAUGCUACAGCUACAGUUAACGAAAUAAUGCCGAAGAAACAUUGGAACACAACUACAGCUACGGUACAAAUGAAAUCUGAUGUUCUCCCCCAAAUUGAUUACAGCCACGUCGCGUAUAGAAAGCAUAAGGAACAUCGAAAUGAUAGAAAACCGAAUAAAAAUACAAGCGAAAUUAUA